UCCGACAAAUUGAGCUUCCCUAUCUGCAAAAGCCUAAAUUUCUCUUAACUCACCUUGUGCUUCCGCCGCGCCGCCUCUUCCUUCAUCGCCUCUUCGUCACUGUCUUCGUCACCGACGAAGCUUACUCCCUCUCACUCUCUUUCACCGACUCAGUUUACUCUCUCACCGACACCCCUACUCACCGCUUCCAUCGCCUCUUUCACCUCAGAGAUUUCACUCGUGAUUUGCAUCACACCUGAAAUUGAACACCAGUUCUUCAAGUCCGACAGAGACAGACACCAUCAGCCUUCAUAUUCAAGACUGUCGGACAAUUUGAGAGGUGCAACAGAGGUGCUGAACUUUUGUUUUUCAACUCCUGUUUUUCACUUAUGUGUUUUCCAAGCACAUCUUGAAAACCAUCCAGCAGGCAGACGCCAUUGUACAUUUUUGUGCACUAUAAAUCCUGGGCUGGAAUAUGCUUGCUAGGAUUGACAAGUCAGGAAUGCAGUUCAGAGCGUUUUAUGGCUUCCUACUCAGAAUGGUUCAACAAGAUCUUGUCUCAUAUGCAGCCUCCUUAAGAUUCCCAUUUCGUGAGGGUCGCUUCUUGUGCCUCAAUGUCUGAUCUGUUCACAAGGUUGGGUGGAUUUCCUAAUGCGAAGAAAGAUGGGAAUUCGCAAGCCUCUAAGCUUGUUCAACCAGUACUGAAUCUAUUAAAUGAGGAUAGCUCUGAUGCCUUCUGGGAAGAAGCUAUCUCCUUAUUGUGCACACUUACAAAUGUUUUUCCAGCUUCUGUCAGCCGACACUACGAUAGUGUUGAAUCCUCUAUAUUUUCAAAAUUUGUGUCAGAGAAUUGUCCUGUCAGUAUAUUCAAGAAACUUGCUCAUGGCUUGGCCUUACUUCCAAAAUCCCGAGGAGAUGAGGAUAGCUGGUCACUGAUGAUGCAGAAGGUCUUAAUAUUCAUAAAUAAUCAACUAUAUGUUAUGUUCCAAGGUCUAGAAGAAGAGGCCAGAAGUAGUGAGGUAGUGAGGUUGUUACUUCCUCCAGGGAAGGACCCCCCACCUCCCUUAGGAGGGCUAACGGCAUCAGCAAAAAACUCAGAUCAGGCAAUGAAGAGGCCUGAACAAGUAUUAGUUUCAAGAGUCUCUACCCUGAUGACCUGCUGUUGCACAAUGCUUACUGAUGCUUAUCCCGUUCAGGUUUCUGUGCCUGUUUGUUCACUGGUAGCUCUUGUUAAGAGAGUGCUGAUGGUCGAUGGCUCAUUCUCACAAUCCUCCCCUUUUAUGACUGCCAUGAGACAGGACUUGAUUUGUUUAGAACUUCCUGAAUUGCAUAGGUGCAGCCUGGAGCUUCUGAGUUCUAUUGUAAAGGGACUUCGCAGUCAGUUGUUCCACAUGUGGCAGAUAUCACACGACUGCUAACAGAAUAUUUUAGGACAUGCGCCCUGCCAGAGUUAAGGAUUAAGGUUUACUCAAUUAUGAAAGUUUUGCUGAUGUCCAUGGGGAUUGGGAUUGCAAUAUAUCUGAUCCAGGAAGUUAUAAGCAAUGCAUUCCUUGAUCUGGAUCCUCAUGGUCGUGAGAGUGGUGGCUCGUACUCUGCUGCACGCUCAAAGGCCUUACAGGAUGCACUGCAACAAUGUUUUCAGAGAAAAAGGAAGCACCCAACUUCAGCUGAAUCUGUUGGAGACCAAUCUGCUAAAGGUGGUCUGGAAGUGGAGACAUCCCAAAAUAUGACUGCAAUAUCUGUCAGGAUUGCUGCAUUAGAGGCAUUAGAAGCUCUUUUGAGUGUGGCUGGGGCCAUGAGAUCAGAUGGUUGGCGAUCAAAUAUUGAUCGUCUCCUUAUAACAGUUGCAACAAAUGCUUGCAAAGUGGGAUGGGCUGACAACAAUAGUACUGUAGUUUAUGGUGAAGCUACUCCUUUAUGGGCAGACUUCCAACUUGCUGCUUUACGCACACUUUUGGCAUCCCUUCUUUCUCCUGGUCGUGUUCGCCCUUCACAUCUUGCUCAGGGUCUCGAACUUUUUCGUAGAGGCAGUCGAGAAUCUGGAACAAAAAUUUCUGAGUAUUGCUGUCAUGCUCUUUUGACCUUGGAAGUGCUCAUACAUCUUAGGGCCCUUCCAUUUAUAGAUCUUCAAUCGGCAGUUGACCAUUAUGGUAGUGCUAGCCUCAACUUUCCAGACGUACACUUCGCAGAUCACAGAAAGAGCACUUCAUUUCAUUUUAGCACACUAGGAAAGGAGCCUUCUCAGCCAGAGUCUGGGGAUGAUGAUCUUUACGAAAGGUGGCUGGCAAAUGGUGAUGAAACAGAUGUCAAUGACCUUGGAAAAUAUACCAGCAGUGAUAAAGAACCCCCUGGGACCUCUACCCAUCCAGCAUUAGAAAAGCUUCCUCGUUGUGGUUCUCCUUCUGAAAGAAAUAAGCGUGAAGGUGGUGAAUUUGGGGAAUCAAUGGCUGUUGCAGCUGACAAAGUACCAGUAGAUGGGGAUGAGAUAAUGGUUGACUUGCCGACUCCGGAAAGCUACAAGCAGACAGAGGAACGCGAUCAUAUUGAAGGGCGAAUAUUGGUUGCUACAGCUGGUGGUCAUACUGCCACCGAAUCAGAUGGACUGGUUUCAGGCAGUGCUACAUCAGCUGAUGGUCAUACAGAUUUUGUUGUAGCAGCAGGAAAAGAUGUCUCUUCUUCAGCAAGUAAAAGAAACACUAUGGUUACUGAGCAGAGUGUCACGCCAACAUCUGCGAAGGAUGUGGUGACAAGCCAAGAUCAUGAAUACACUAGGAUUGUGGAAAAGAUUUCUGCUACAAUAUCAAACACAGGAAGGGGCGCUGGAUUGGUGGUAGAAAUCAAUGACGACACUUCAAUGGAUUCACUUCCUGAUAUUGUGGAUGGUGAUCCCGACUCUGAUUGAGUGAAAAUGUAUGUGUAUGAUUGGGCAGUAUUCGAUUAGAUUUACUAAUGAAUGUGUUGAAAUUCAUUGUAUAUUGAAUUUGAAGUUCUUCGUAAGCAUGUUAGAAAAAUUAGGGGCUUUUUGAUCCUCGUAAAAGGUUUUACGCAAUUUUGAGAUGAAUGAAUGCAGUAGAUGAUAGAAGGCUUCUUUUAUCA